UUGGCUUGGUUGUAGGCAGCAAUAAGUAGGAGAACCCUUUAGGUUAUUAAACAGCAGCUUUUCAUCUGAAAGUUUUUUCCGGAUAUACGCAUCCACCAGUAAGAAAACAAAGAGCGCAUUCUAAAAAGAAGUGGACCAUCUAUAAUUUUUUGUAAUAGAAAGAUGUGCUUUCGGCGUCUCGCUUGACGAGUUCGUAGGAAUUCUAGUUUCACUGAAGUCACUUUUGGCUCUGGCAGGACUAAUUUAAUUCCGAUUGGCCAAAUUCGUCUCUUUUAUUCAUCACUCAAUAAGGAAUGCCAAGAGAGCUCACGCAGACAAGGAUCCAAAAAAUCUGGAUUCCUUUUAGGGAUGACAAACCAGCGCUACCGCGGAGACCAGGGGGUGGACCCCACCUCGCCAACCCCCCCACUGUCAUCGUGAUGGUGGGCCUGCCCGCUCGAGGGAAAACCUACAUGUCGAAGAAGCUGACCCGCUACCUCAACUGGAUCGGACUGCCCACUAAAGUUUUCAAUGUGGGAGAGUAUCGGCGGGAAGCGGUCAAGCACUACAGCUUCGACUUCUUCAAACCUGACAACCAGGACGCGGUGAAAAUAAGACAGCAGUGUGCCUUAGCCGCCCUGAGAGACGUCAGGACUUACCUGACGGAGGAGGGAGGCCAGAUCGCUGUCUUUGACGCCACCAACACCACAAGGGAGAGAAGAGACAUGAUCCUUACCUUUGGCAGUGAGAAUGGAUUCAAGAUCUUCUUCAUCGAGUCAGUGUGUGACGACCCAGACGUCAUUGCCGCAAAUAUACUGGAAGUGAAAGUGUCCUGUCCAGACUAUCAGGACUGCAACAAGGCAGAAGCCAUGGAGGACUUUCAGAAGCGAAUCGAGUGCUACCGGGUGUCGUACCAGCCUCUGGACCCAGAUCAGUGUGACAGGAACCUGUCCUUUAUCAAGGUGAUCAAUGUGGGCCGGAGGUUCCUGGUGAACCGAAUCCAGGACCACAUCCAGAGCAAGAUCGUGUACUACCUGAUGAAUAUCCAUGUGCAGCCCCGCACCAUCUACCUGUGUCGCCACGGCGAGAGUGAAGACAACCUGCAGGGCAGACUGGGAGGAGACUCGGGCCUGUCUGUCCGGGGUAGAAAGUUCGCCGGGGCUCUGUCCAAAUUUGUGGAGGAGCAGAACCUGAAAGGCCUGAGAGUUUGGACCAGUCAGCUGCGCAGAAGCAUCCAGACGGCCGAGGCUCUGGGCUUGCCCUACGAGCAGUGGAAGGCGCUCAACGAGAUCGACGCUGGUGUAUGUGAGGAAAUGACCUACGAUGAGGUCAAGGAGAUGUACCCGGAAGAGUUUGCCCUGAGAGACCAGGACAAGUACUACUACCGCUACCCCACGGGGGAGUCCUACCAGGACCUGGUCCAGCGGGUGGAGCCGGUCAUCAUGGAGCUGGAGCGGCAGGAGAACGUCCUCGUCGUCUGCCACCAGGCCGUCAUGCGCUGCCUGCUGGCCUACUUCCUGGACAAGAGCGCGGAUGAGAUGCCCUACCUGAAGUGUCCGCUGCACACGGUGCUGAAGCUCACUCCAGUUGCUUACGGGUGCAAGGUUGAAUCCAUCUCAUUGAACGUUGAAGCGGUGAACACACACAGGGACAGACCUGAGCAGGUGAAGAGGGCUCCUGGUGUGCUCAUCAGGAGGAACAGUGUGACACCCCUCACCAGCCACGAGCCCACAAAGAAGCCCCGCCUAGAUGGCCUGGAGGACCAUGCUAUCCCAGAGAGCCCAUCUGGCCCCUUGUGCCAGUGCCGCUCCGCGCCUCUCCCCCCUCACCUGUCAGGACAGAACUUAAGGAGAAGCCCCCCAGACCUCCCUGAACUUCUGCAGCUCUGCCAAUGAGACGGCAUCAAAAUACCGCCUCAUCUUGCACCCAGGAAGUGAUGUCACAGAGGGGACAUUGAUCCUUCCUGUUUGGCUGGCAUGGCUUUAUCUCUUGGAGAUCUUGUGGGGACAAGUAGCUGCUUUGAGCACCAUCAUUCUCAGUCGACUUUCACAGCCAUUUCAGUGAAUGUCCCUGCACUGUUAUCUGUAAGUGCUUAUAGUACACAUGUUCUUCUUCUGUAAAUACAUGAUUCAGAAAGUCUCUGUAAAUAGUGUAAAGUUUGUGUAAAGUGAAUGUGGUGG